AUGCCUUUACUUUUGUCGUGGCAGAAUCGUAGUCCAUUAUCAGAGUACCAUUUACCCAGCUAUGAGAUAAUCUUCAAAAAUGGAGACGAUCUUCGGCAGGACAUGUUAGUUCUACAAGUUCUGGAAGUAAUGGAUACAAUAUGGAAGAAAAAUCAGCUUGAUUGCUGUCUGAGCCCCUACCCAGUGCUUCCUAUGGGAACAAAGUAUGGAAUGAUUGGUGUGGUUCCAAAUUGCUCAACUAUAUUUGAAAUUCAAUCUGAAGGUGGUAAAGUAGGCACUGCAGUGAAGUCUUUGGAGACUACAUUCAUUAAUCGUUACGUCAAAAGUCAUGCUGGAUCGACGAAAAAGUAUAUGGAAUGCGUGGAUCGAUUUCUAAUGUCGUGUGUUGGUUACUCCGUUGCUACCUUCAUCAUGGGCAUAAUGGAUCGACAUAACGACAACAUAAUGAUGACCCAUGAUGGAAAACUCUUCCAUAUCGACUUUGGUCACAUCUUGGGCCAUGGGAAGACAAAGUUAGGCAUCAAACGAGACCGAGUACCAUUUGUACUCACGGAACAUUUCCUUUGUGUGAUCGGUCAAGGAAGGCCUGUAUCGAAAGACAGCCAUGAAGUUACAAAGUUCAAAAAGUUGUGUUGCGAUGCGUACAUGAUGUUAUGGGAGGAACGUGACUUAUUUCUUUCACUAUUCAAUGUUAUGCAGUCAAUGGAUCUGCCCGAGUUGUCUACAGAAGCCGAUCUGGACCAUUUGAAGAGCACAUUACGUGUUGCUUUCCAUAAUGGAAUGACUUCGGAAGCGAGAAGCUUCUUUUCGGAUGUAUUCGACGAGGCUUUUAAUGGUUCAUGGGCGACGAAAACGAACUGGUUCUUCCAUGCAGUCAAACAUAUCUAG